AUGUCACCACCAGGUCAAAAAAACUUCCAUACUGCCAAACCCGAAGAGUCAACGGCAAUUGAUCGGUCAAUACCUGAAUUUGCAGCAGCACAAACAUCCGAUGAGGAUGAUUAUUUUGCCAGUCACAAACCACCAUCAUAUUUACUGGAAAUAGAGCAAGAAUUGGCUCAAUUCAUCACCUAUCAUCAAAAAAACACCCAUAAAAAGAUUGCAUUGGUUACUUCUGGAGGUACCACUGUUCCUUUGGAAAAUAAUACUGUUCGAUUUAUUGAUAAUUUCAGUGCUGGUACUCGAGGUGCUACAUCAGCCGAAUACUUUUUGGAGAAUGGGUAUGCUGUUAUCUUCUUACAUCGUGAAUUUUCGUUGUUGCCAUAUUCAAGACAUUAUAGUCAUUCAACCAACUGUUUUCUUGAUUUUAUGAUUGAACGUGAUGGUAAAAUUGAAAUCAAUCCCAAGUUUAGUGAUCAGAUGUUGCAAGUUUAUCGUAAAUAUCAUGAAGCACAAUCGACAAAUUCCUUAUUAUUGAUUCCAUUCACUACCGUGAAUCAAUAUCUUUAUACUUUGAAAACGAUAUCUGAAUCAUUAAAAGUGUAUUCAAACAAGGCACUUUUUUAUUUAGCUGCUGCUGUGUCGGAUUUCUUCAUUCCUCAAUCAAGAAUGCCUCAACAUAAAAUUCAAAGUUCAGCCACCCAAGAUGGUGAACUAGUGAUUCGAUUAGCUCAAGUGCCGAAAUUUCUAAGUCGUUUGGUUCUGAACUGGACUUCAGGAGCCAUGAUUAUUAGUUUCAAAUUGGAAACUGAUAACAAUAUCUUGUUGAAAAAGGCAAGAAGUGCGUUGGAUAGAUAUCAUCAUCAAUUGGUGAUUGGAAAUUUGUUACAAACUAGAAAGAAGGAAGUUGUGUUUGUCAGUCCUAAUGGUAAUGAACAAUGGAUCCGAUUAACUAAUGAAGAGGUCCAAAAAGGUGUUGAAAUUGAAAGUAAAAUGAUACCCGCAGUUAUAAAGAUUCACGACGAAUGGAUUAAGGAAGCAAAGUAG